AUGAGGCGAGACAAUAUUUUUAGGCCUGUUAUUGAAGGUGGGCUGGGCUUAGUACAUCUUUAUGAGCGGCAGAUAGUGUCUCGUUUCUUCUUUUUUCGCGAUACUUCCCAUCCUGUAAUUCGUUCAUACAUGCAAGUCACACUUGUUAAUGCGUUACCUGAUUUAGUUGUUUCUUCAAGUUUUUCUUCACGCUUAUGCUUGUGGGGGUUCAUGCAAGAAGUUUACUUGGCGGUUCGUUUCCUGACAGUUCGGUUUUCCACUGAAUACUUGUAUUCUGUGUCGCGCAAAACGUUGUACAAAGACUUACUAUCCAUGCUAUUCCCACCUCCACUUUACCGAUCAAUAUACAUUAAAUUGCCAGGCCACGAUGUGCUAAAGCGAUUUCGCAAAAUGUAUUUAUCCCCUUGCUGCACAACAUUCUUUUAUAAUGUUCAUAGUGAAACCAUACCGGUUAAAACAUGGCUACAAAAAAAAGGUAUCUUUGUCUCUUCUGUUAACUGUCGCCUUUGUGAUGUACCAGAGACAAUUGAACAUUGUUUUAUUAGCUGCACUGACGCCAUCCUUUUUUGGGAUGUCCUCCAACGGACUUUAAAGAAAGACUUUGAAAUUAACGCUCAUACUGUGCGAUACCUGCUGCCAACCUCUGAUAAUAGUGCACCUUUCGAUAUGUUUUUUGUCAUGGGAAUGCACAGUUUGUGGAAAACGCGAAUGAUGGACAGAAACGCUGAAACGGUUGUACCUACAAGGGCAAAUUUCUGGGACGAGGCUGACGUUGAUGAGGCUUCCCGCGUGCUAGUAUCACCGGUGGACACAGUUGCAACACCUUCUGUGCCGGCUGCUAAAUCCACGAAGGUGGCAAAUGUGCUGCCUACGGACCCGAAAGAUGCAGUGCAAAGGGCAUGCGACGAAGGAACCAAAGAAGAAUCGGCCACGAAAUCCGCCACUGCCGAGGAGACCGCCACGGAGCACGGACCGGCAACUCCCUGGAUGGGCGUCGAAGAAUCGAGUGCAAGCAAUGCGGCUAUGAAAAGAGCGAGGGACUCGACCGGCAACCUGGACGGCAACCUUGACAACGGGGCCAAAGACGAGCCGCUGCCAAAAGCGCAGGCGGGUCGUCGUGUUCCCGUGCGCCUGAAACCAAACAUCCCGCCGGACAGACGGCCGGCGGCAAAACUGCCUAAGUAG